CGAUGCGCCUGCGCAGUGGCGGGGGCUCCGGCUGUGUGGUUCCCGCCAUUUCUCGUGGCCGGCCUCCCUGGGUUGAGUUCCGCGCUUCAUGGAGGCGUUUGACCCCGCCGAGCUGCCCGAGCUGCUUAAGCUUUAUUACCGGAGGCUCUUUCCCUACGCCCAGUACUAUCGCUGGCUCAACUAUGGCGGAGUGGUAAAGAAUUACUUUCAACACCGUGAAUUUUCCUUCACAUUGAAAGAUGAUAUUUACAUUCGUUACCAAUCCUUCAACAACCAGAGUGAUCUGGAAAAGGAGGUGCAGAAAAUGAAUCCGUACAAGAUUGAUAUAGGCGCGGUAUAUUCCCACAGACCCAAUCAACACAAUACAGUGAAGCUGGGAGCUUUCCAGGCUCAGGAAAAAGAACUGGUGUUUGACAUUGACAUGACAGACUACGAUGAUGUGAGGAGAUGUUGUAGUUCUGCAGACAUAUGUGCUAAGUGCUGGACCCUCAUGACGAUGGCCAUACACAUCAUUGACCGAGCAUUGAAGGAGGACUUUGGAUUUAAACAUCGUCUCUGGGUAUAUUCUGGAAGGAGAGGUGUUCAUUGCUGGGUCUGUGAUGAAUCAGUUAGAAAACUGUCCUCUGCAGUACGUUCUGGGAUAGUUGAAUAUUUGAGUGUUGUAAAGGGUGGUCAAGAUGUUAAAAAGAAAGUUCACCUAAGUGAAAAAAUUCAUCCUUUUGUCAGAAAAUCUAUAAACAUAAUAAAAAAAUACUUUGAAGACUAUGCCUUGGUUGAUCAAGAUAUUCUUGAGAAUAAAGAAAGCUGGGAUAAGAUUUUAGCCCUUGUUCCUGAAACAAUGCAUGAUGAACUUCAACAAAGCUUCCAAAAGCAUCACAAUUCACUUCAGCGCUGGGAGCAUUUGAAGAAAGCAGCCAGCAGAUGUCAGAAUAACAGCAAAAAUGACAAAUGUGGACCCUGGCUUGAGUGGGAGAUCAUGCUCCAGUACUGUUUUCCACGACUGGAUAUCAAUGUUAGCAAAGGAAUCAAUCAUUUACUGAAGAGCCCUUUUAGUGUUCAUCCUAAAACAGGUCGCAUUUCUGUGCCUAUUGAUUUACAGAAAGUGGAUCAGUUUGAUCCAUUUACUGUUCCAACCAUCAGUUCCAUUUGCCAUGAAUUGGAUGUUAUUUCCACUAAAGAAGAAGAAAAAGAGAACGGAGCUGAAUCUGAUAUCAAACAUAGAACCAGAGAUUACAAGAAGACCAGUCUAGGUCCUUUUGUAAAAGUUUUUGAGCAGUUUCUUGAAAACCUGGAUAAAUCUCGAAAAGGAGAACUUCUCAAGAAGAGUGAUUUACAAAAAGACUUCUGAAGAUAACAACUCCCUUUUUACCAAUGUGGAUAUCUUCUCCCUUCAACCAAGAAUCAAAUACUUCAAGAGCCAUUUAAUAAAUAUAGCAGAACUGUGUAUGUGUCUUAAUGCUCAAAGCAAAAUUUUCUUUUCUUGAAAAAUAAUUAUGUUGAAAAGAUUCCUGAGACCACCAAAGGAGAAUAUUCAGGCUCCUGGAAGGAGCAAUAAUAGGAGGAUAUAAGUGGAUUGCAGAUUAAUUUGUAAAAUUUAAUAUUAUAAUUCUAAGAUUUCUGAUAUAGGUACUCACUUCUACCAGUUGCCACAUAUGGAGGUAAGUGAGCAGUAAUAUGCCCAAGAUUUUGAUGUCAGUUCACCAGAUUCAGCCUCCAUAUUUCUAGGUGAAUGAGCAUUUUGUUCUUAAGUCUUAGACACUUAAGUCAAUUAUACCUCGAGUGUGUAUUCAGUCACUCCCUAAUUUUGCUUACUGAUAUUUUUAUUGGUCAGGCCACACCCCGCUGCUUGUCUUUUAAAAAAUUAUUUUAAAAUGAGCAUCUACACCUACUAAAACUUUAGUUCAAAAGAUACGAGUUACUAUGUUACAAUAUUAGGGCCUAGUAGAGUAUUUUUUACAACUGUUGGCAAUUGUAGCUCCUAACUUCUUCCCUCAGAACAAUUUUCUAAGCAAUUUAGAAAAAAUAACCAACUUCACCAGCAUAAAACCUUUUGUACUUGUCAAAACACUUGGACUCUCUAUAUCUCCAGACACUUAAAUUUAAUUUUAAAGGUUUCAUUUCUUCUGUAUUUGAUUUCGUGUGAUAGAUUCUGAAGUGUCAGAUUUCUUUUGCCUGGUUUUACAACCACCCUAACAAAACAGUCAUUCUGGUUUACAUUCUGUCUUUUGAGAAACACUGAGAAGCAAGCUAUCAGGCUGGUGCUUUCCGUGAGUUAUGAAAAUUUUCCUUCCUUUGCCCUACCUAUAACAUUGUAUUCUCCAUUGCCACAGUCCGUUUUUUGUUUUUUGUUUUUGAUUUAUAUAAAACAGAUUUAUAAUACAGUCAACACACUGAAAUGCUUUUCAUUUCUCUCUUUUCUAAUUUUUUAAGAAAAAAUAUUAAAGACUAUUGUGUAAAAUUCCUCA